GCAUCACUAUUCACUAGUUGCUAGUUGGGGGGUAUGAAGGUUAAUUAAUUGAGUUAGGUUGAGUUUGGUUAGCUUUGUUAAUAACUCUAAGAAACCUUCUUGGUGGAAUUAAAGCAAUGGGAUGUGUGAUUUUAAAAUUGUAACAUACAAAAAGAAUAGAAAUAGAAAACGUAGAUCAACACUAAUUGAAGACAUCACAUUAAAAGAUUGUAACCCCCUGAGUUGCAGCCAGAUAGGUAUACCACAAGAUCGUGUUGUCAAAAAGAUAAAGUCAGCUAAAGAAGAUAUUGAGGAAUCAACCUUUUAUAAAAAUUUUAUCCAGCAACUGAAUCAAGAAAACUGCAUUGAAAAUAAAAUAGACAUUGUGUCUUACGGCAUAGAGGGAUGGCUGUUAAUCCGAAUUUGAGAAUCUUGAGACAUCUCGCUUCUGAAUUGAGAACUUCUAGUUUCUCUGGCACUUUGAAAGAUUCACCAGCAUUUCCAUUCAUCUUGAAUCAGUACAGGAGGUUCAAAAUUACUGAUCAACAGUUGUGUAAAGCCCAAGAAGAAAUGCGGUACAUGUCAGAAACGUACCUCUGUUAUUUAAAAAGCUCACGACAAUAUGUGGAGCUUCAUAAACAGUAUCAAGGGAAGGGUGAACGAUCCACAGAGGAAACAGCGAACUUGGUGGGUUUCAAGCUUCCUCAUGAUCCCAAGUAGAGCAGCUGCUAAGUCUAGAGCUAAGUGUAGAAAUGAAAAUAGUUAUUAUUACAAUUCUGUUUUCAUGGGUCCAAUACAUUGGAUCAGACCUAGUAGAAUGUCCCUUAAACCAUUUCAAGCUAAAAGGAAUGGAAAGUUGUCACCCUUGGCUUGAUUGUGGAGAUUUGGAUGACAUCACAGUUAUAAAGCGGCUAGGCACAGGAGCUGUAAAAGAUGUGUUUCUUGUAGAUUGGAAGGGUUUCUUAUUAGCACUUUCAAUUCCAGUCAAUCUCACAUUUUUGGAAGAUUUUAUGGCAGGAGUGAAUGUGCUAAAACUGUUUAGUUCAAGCAAACAUAUUGUACAGUUUCUUGGUUAUUGUAAUAGAACUAACACACUUCUAACAGAGUACCAUGCAAAGGGAAAUGCAGUAGAUUUUUUAAGUAAAACAUCGCCUUACAAUGUCAUGAGAGGUUUGGAAUUUUGUCAUCAGUAUGCACUAAUCUUAAACCAUUUGCAUAAUGGGCCGGCUGGGAGAAGAGUAUUUUGUGAUUCUAACAAUUUGGACAAGCUGUUGAGUCAACUACUUGUAACAUCCGAUGAAAAGUUGAUUUUAAACGAUGUUGAUGCAUUACCAGAAGUCAUCAAUGGUUCUGGUGUAAAGUGUGGUAAACAACAAUUACAUGGCACCUUUGUAGCUCCGGAACAGUUAUGGAACAGAAAUGAGCCGUUCAGUGAUAACUUGAUGCCAUCUUAUAAUGAGAAAACUGAUAUUUGGAAAGCAGCUACAGUUUGUGGGCAUUUCUUAAAUAAAGCAAGUGAUGGUGUUUGGGUUAGAUAUAGAUUGUAUGAGUUUCAUUCUAAGUGUAAAAAUUAUGAGCCUUUGUUGAGGCCCACCGCUGAAGAACUUGUAAUUGAAUACAGUAAAGUUGCCGAUGAAUACACAAAUCAUUCUGAUCUCUGAUUAGGCUACGUGAUAUUUAUAAUAUAUAUAAAUAAUUUAAUAAAUGUUUUACAGCAUUGGAAGUCACUAAUCUUUUAUAGAGUACUAUAUACUUUACAUUGUUAUUUGAUAAACAGGUUAAAUUCAUUUUGUUAAAUAAGUAAGCUGUUUCUAUUAAUUUAAUAGCAAGUAUUUUUUAUUUUAACAAAUUAAAUUUGAUGUACUAUACAAUUUAAAUAUUGUUCAUUGAUUUCUUUAUGUACAAUAUAAUAUGUAAUAUGCCUUAACUUAUU